UGUUUUUCCGGACGGAACUCAAGGAAGGUAACCGUUGACGCACAAAGAUCGACUCUGUUACUUGGUUCCCUUAAAGACAAGUACCGUAUAAACGUUUUUCUUGGGCUUUAGCCGAGUGACGGACAUUAUUUCCACUCACUGGAAUGUAUCUGUGGUGAAUACAUAUCAUGGACGGAGAUAUUACUUCGUUACCUGGUCCCAGUCUGUCCCUCUCCACUCUUCGCCUCCUGGUGCCACCCAUUCGAUUGUUCUCUGCAGCGAUCUGGCAGACAGUGGAGCAGAAAAUUGUUUCAGAUUAUGGGCUACUUGAAGAGUUUGUGUUCAUGGUCACAAACAUUGUUCCUGAACUUCUUUCUGCAAGGCAACGGGCUGAACUUAUUCUGGGCUUGAGAGCAAGGCUGAUUCUGGAGCUAUGUCGCUCUGAGGAAACUGCUGACCUUCAGAUCAUCCAGCCACAUCUUGACAGAUUGCAGAACCUCAGAACUCUGUGGAAUGUGGAGAGUGAAAAUACAGAACGAGAGGCAUCUGAUUCCCAUUUCAUGCGUCUUGUCCAAAAUUUGUUAAGAGAUCCACAAGAGAGAAAAAACUUUUUUCAGGAUGUUUUCCCAGAAGAUUUUGGUCCAACAUAUGACAAAGCCAUCCAGACAUUGAUGUGGCUCUUUCUCUCUAGAUUUGAAAAGCUUCUUCCUACUCAAACACUUCAACAGGUAGCAGCUUUGCUGAACAAUACAUCAUCUGUCCUGAACGAAUGUAUGGACACUUUUGCGCAACCUGAAGAACUUAAAACCUUACUAGAUACUCAAAAAGACCUCAGCCAGUUAGAGGACAUUGAGUCCUAUAUUGUUGACAGUGGCAUCUUGUCAGCACUGUGUCUUCCUCCUGUGGAAAGAGUGGUUAUCGUCAAUGAACAAUCUGAAACUGAUGCAGAAAGCGGACUUGUGUAUACUGUGUGCACAGAGAUGGAGGUGGAAUCUGAGAACAAAGAGGUGUACGCGGAGGCAAGUGGAAACUCAGAGGAGUGUGGACAAACUGAGUGGUUUGGUAUUGGCAGUGAUGUGAAAGCAGAAAUCGACACCGAGGUGAUUUCGGAUCCAGUUGAGGGUGCUGAGGCAAGUGAGAGUGAGAUGGCAGAAGAUCAACACAAUGACCACGCUGGAACACUGAUCAUUGGGGAGGAUGGCCAGGUGACUGUGUUGGAUGGUGUAAAGAAGCCUAAAAAACGAGGAAGGAAAAAGAAGCAGCCAGCAGAUGAGGACUUUAAAGUGCAAGGUAGUACAAGGGACAAAGUUGAUGAAUUUGACACUUUGUGGGAAAGACCUGUAAGAAAGAACAGAGGACUCAAGAUGAAAGGAUACCUGUCACAGUGGAGAAAAUCUGGAAAGACGAGUAGUUCUAAGAAGUUUGCUGGUUCGGCCAAAUCCAAUGAUUUGGAUGAGAGAACGUGUAAAGUGUGCGGCAUUGUAGUAAGUCGCGUCCAGUUCUUAGAGCGACACAUGAGUCAACACUCAAAGGAGCUUCCUUUUUCAUGUCCCACUUGUAAAAGGUUUUAUAAGAGUCUGCGUUUCUUGCAACAACACAGGUGUUCGAGUGCAACAAAUGUGAAGGUUGGCAAAAAAACAAAGGAUGAAGAGACAAAAGAGGAUGAUGCUGAACAAUCACCUAGUGAGGUUCCUUGUGAAGAAGCCAUUGAAGGGCAGCUCUCGGACAACAACACCACCCAGGACCCCGACUACUCCCCUUCAGCUGAAAGAUCUUCCAAAGACUCAGCACCGAGAAGCCCAGAAGAAAACAAAUCUGUCAUAGAAGGGCCAUUCUACUGUCCCCACUGCAGUGUGGAGUUCAAGUGCAAACAAACUUUUAGGUUCCAUUUAAGGAACAUUUGCUACAAUGAGCAACAGGUGGAUCCUGAGAAACCUGAAGAUGUUAAGCAUUGUUUCAGAUGUGAUGAAUGUGAUAAGGCAUUCAAAUAUAAAUCAACAUUGGAUUCCCACAAACAGACUCAUAACCCGCUGUAUUGCGAGGUUUGUAUGAAAUUGGUACGCGACUCCGAGGCACUGGCAAUGCACAAGGAAUCCCACACGCCAUUUCAAUGUAACCGGUGUGACGAGAACUUCCCUGUAUUCAAAGCGCUUCACAAGCACUACAUUGAUGUCCACAAUCCCACUGAGCCUUUUACCUGCACCCACUGCCAGACAACGUUUGCCAGCUUAAAGCGAUUCAUCAGGCACGAGUGGAAGCACACUGGUUACCAACCUUUUCAGUGCCCCCACUGCAGUAAACGAUUCAGAUCCUACUCUGACCUCGUGGAACACCAGAAAAAACACACUAAGGCAUAUCCAUUCCUCUGCUGGGAGUGUGGCAAGAAAUUCAGGCACGGUGUAACAUUGACCAGGCAUGUAGAGCGUGUGCAUCACGCUGGGGAACCCAUGACGCAGAAGCCCUCUCCAACUUUCACUUGUUCUCAGUGUGGGAAGACCUUCACAUCCAGGCGAUGCCUCCUGAAACAUGACAACUUCCAUCACAAAGGGCUACGUUUCCCAUGUGAGCACUGUGGGAAGGGAUUUUUUGGCAAAGAUGCGUUGGUGAGGCAUACUUUGAUUCACACAGGCGAGAGGCCUUUUAAGUGUGAUGACUGUGAUAAAUCUUUCAGAUCUGCAGCUGAAUUAAAGAUACACAGGAGGUACCACACUGGGGAGAGGCCAUUUAAGUGUACGAUUUGUGAUAAAGGUUUUGUUCAGUCCUGCUUUCUAACUUUACACAUGCGAACCCAUACAGGAGAGAGGCCAUAUGUUUGCACAGUAUGUAACAAAGGCUUUUCAAGCUUGCAUGGCCUAAAGCGACAUCGAAGACUGGUUCACGCAUAGGUAAAGUUAGCACGAAACUACUUUACACGUAUGUUUGUUCUGUUUGACGUUUCCCUAAUUAGGCAGGUCAGAGGUCAGUAUUGAGAACUGUGAAGAAUUUGACUUCUGAUCAAAGACCUUGUGGAUAUUGAUUGAGAUCGGGGCUACUUCUGACUGUCCCAGGCUUGGCUUGUUAGAGACUGUAAAUGUGUAAUACAUUAAAAAAAAAGUGUAACUUUGUAUUUUUACAGAAGCGUUUGCUGUAGUUCUGAAUAAGAUUUGUAUGUAUAAAUCAUAUAAAGUUAAAUUCCUUUUGGAAUUGAUUUGUUUUUCUUUAAUAAAUUGAACAUUUGA